AUGCUCUAUCGUCUACUUCGUUGCCGUUUGACGUUCAAGCUUUAUAUAAUUUUGACCAUUAUAGUGAUUGUUUCCUUAGUUGCAUAUUUCUUCCCCCAAUAUAAAAUCUAUUCAAUCGCUCCUGUGACUGUGACUCCGAGUGUGCAGCCGAAAAAUUCGCGGCAUUUGUCCAAGUUGAUGACUGUGGUGUUCCGUCAGUUUGAAAAGUUCGAAAAUGACGUCGCUGACAGUGUACAGUCAUUCGUAUCUGCGUUUCCAAAUAUGCCCAUGGUUGUGGUGUGUGAGACCACACCGUAUCCACCUUUCCCCUUUUCAGCCACAAAUGAAACACUGCGUAACGUGAAGGUUGUGUCACUGGAGAUGAGAUUAAAUGCUUCACCACAGGAUCUGAGGCCUUUAAGUUAUAUUAGCACGGAAUUUGUCCUAUUUGUACCUGAUUCAACCCGCGCAUUGCGGAGAACGUUGCAGCAGGCGGCUGUAGCGAUUACCGCGUAUCCUACUCAUGCUAUAGCAUUAGGAGUGGGCAACGCUCGGCUUAUCUGUCAACAAGUGAAGUGGAACUAUGCUGACUGGACACUGCAGUACAGCAAAGAUGCUUCAGGCAAGCUAUGUGAUGCCAUACAUGGCCAACAUGCACUGUUGAUCAGAACUUCUCUGUUACAUACACUACCUCAACCAUUUUUGCUGCCAUUUCCUGAAUCUCUUUAUUUACAGACUACUGUUAAAAAUGUUAAGGUACAAAUAUUAGACAGCAAGUUGGGUGCUGGACGUAGUGUACUUAAGUCGCCUGCUGCCAAGCAAAGGGCACAACGUCGUAUGAGGGACAAUAGAGUAUCACUGUACAAACAACUAGGAGUCAAAGCUGUAAUAAGAGAGGAUGGCAGGGUGCAGUGGUUUGGAUGUAAGAGGGAGACUCAGCGAUGUUUUCCAUCAGUACAAGGUACACCAUCUUACAUCCUGGCGGGACGUAACACUCCGCCGUGCUGCCGCCGCAACAUGCGCCGCGCCGCAGCACAUGUCUUGCGAGGCUUGCAGCAAGCUGGAGCCCGUUGUUGGCUGGAAACUACAUCACUUCUAGGGGCUGUUGUGCGGGCGGAUAUUCUUCCAUGGGCAGAAUACAUAGAAAUAGGCAUCCACGCAUCUGAUCUCUCCCGCGUAUCGUGGCUGCAACGCGGCGGUGCUGACGCUGAUGGCUUUGUUUGGGAGCGAGCGACCAAAGGCCAUUACUACCGAGUAGCAUAUUCGGCUACCAACAGAGUCUAUGUGCUUGUACUGCCUUUCACACCAAAGAAUGGUACUAUGUGGCCUGCAGAUUGGGUUCUUAGUAAUCAGAAACCCUUUCCUGAACGGCAUUUGCAUCCUUUGGCACAGAUUCAGUUUGCGGGCCGCGACGCACCUGCACCGAACGACGCUCGCGCAUUUUUAGACCUGAAACUUGGUGGCAACGCCGUUGAGCGAUGCAAUGCUAUGGGACCUAAGCUUCUGUAUCCGUAAUAUCUUCACCACUUAGGUUUCUAAUUUCUAACCACACCAGAUGCUACAUAACAUGCCUUGUAUUGGGUUUCAGACACUUUAGUAAGGUACCUUAUUCAAUUGAAAUGCUGAAUUUUGUUGAUGUUGAUUGUCACAUUUAGUCCUCCAGUAUUAUUACGGAAUUUUGUUGAAAUAAUUUCUUCCAUUGACAAAGAGUGUUAAUGUAAAAAGCCCAUCUUCCUAGAAUUCAAAUAACUCUAUAGAUAGAAUAAAAUUGUUGAGUGUAUGGGCCCAACCUUUGAAAAGUGAACUAGCACAUUUAUUUUCACACAAGAUGUGGUUAUAUACAAUUACAAUUAAUUCAGUUGUUCAUAGUGUAUCUUUUACAUUAUGAUUAUGAAGCUGAACUGACUGUUGAAAUUUCCUGUAGUGUUCAUGAAAAAAUUAACUUUGUUUAUUUACUAUCUGUAACACAUUCUAGCUAAUGAAAUAUCCAUGCACUGUAUAGGUUAACAAAAACGGAAAAGACAGGAAUUGAAACUAUUUUUCCGGAUUUAAAUCGCGUAUAUUUUUUCAAACAAAAACACUUUCUUCCUUUUGUUACGUACUUGUGUUAUUUCACUAAAAAAUACCUGUUCUCAUUUGGACCAUCUUUUGUAGAAGUGUCAAUUAUUUGUUCUUUUAAAAAAUCAAACAAAUUAUAGUUCCGGACUCUUUUUCCAGUUCUUCAUGGCGACGGUUCAUUGGUUAGAUUCGAAAAAAUACUUUCAUUUCCAAUCGCUAAGAACUCGACAUUUGUUCCAUUUCUACUCUUUAGGGCGAGGCCAUACAAGCGUAAAUGUCAGCGCCACACUGACAUUGUUUUCAAAUCGAAUGGAUUUGCUUUUAGAGUAGCUCAACACGUACCGUAAUUCAGCCGCAUAAUGGCCAGCGCAAACCGGCGAUUGGCAGGGGAGAACAUCGAAGAGGAUCUUUCCCCGCCAGCGCACACUGAUGAAGGACACGCCACCGGUCGCUCGGAUUUGAAUCCAUUGUACCGGCGACUACGCAGUCGAAAAGUCCACUGCGCAUACCGACGCUUCCAGCCGCAGUAUCCUCUAGCGCAAAGAGAAAUGUGCUGCGAUGCCGAAGUCGGCCUCAGAGUUUUGAUAUUUAUAUUUUAUAAAAUUUAUUUCUUCCAAAGAUCAAUGUUAUGCGAUUGAUUUAAGCUCUAUGGCAGAACAACACAACUGAACUUUGUAGUGCACUAAAUUGUUAUUCUAGUUAUACCACAGAGGACGUCACCUUAACAACUCUACCUAAUAUGUUUCAAGCGUCGCAAUCUAUAAAGUAUCAACUAUCAACAUAGCUGAAGAGAUAUUAAAUGGUAUUAAUGGUUGAAUCUCAUUAUAUCAAAUGGUUUUACAAUAUAAAAAGUCUUAGUAUACAAAUGUAUCUCGACAAUGAUUCAAAGUGUCUUUACGUUAAGUUCUUGUUAAAUUCGCCUUAUAAAACGAUAGAAUAUAUUUUUAUUGAAAACAAAUGUAUUUUUAGGUAGAAUUGUAUUGCUAAUUCUAAGCAAUAACGAAGCUUUUUCAAUGCAAGAAUUUAGUGAGUAGUUGUUUUUGUGUGUGAUCUUUAAUAAUGCUUGUAUUUUAAAUAUAAACUUUCAAUC